AUGUGCAAACGAAUUUCGGCACUUCUGCCAGCCGCCAUCGCCUGGAUUCUCAUCCUCGGAUGUUCCGCUUCGUUCUUUUAUUUCAUUGCACCACAGAUUUGGGGAAAAUGGGAUUUACUAGGUCCACUACUAAUCGUCCUCGACGUGCUUCUCUUCAUGAUGGUUGCCUCGAAUCUUCUGAUGGCCAUGUUACUAGAUCCGGCUGUUCAUCCAUACGCCAUCGGAUCAGAAGAACCAACACAAGUCGAUGAUUUACGUGCUCCACUGUACAAGAAUGUGGAUAUAAAUGGAAUUACAGUUAGAAUGAAGUGGUGUGUCACAUGCAAGUUCUAUCGACCGCCACGUUCCAGUCAUUGUAGUGUCUGUAAUAGAUGCAUCGAAACCUUCGACCAUCACUGCCCAUGGGUGCACAAUUGUGUUGGAAAAAGGAAUUAUAGAUAUUUCUUCUUCUUUCUCUGCAGUCUAAGUAUCCAUAUGCUCUACGUCUUCGGCCUCUGCUUCACCUAUGUUUGGUCUGGAUCAGACACUCAAAACCGCGAACACAUUCUCUCGCCACCGUAUCUCUGUGCCAUCGUCCUACUUGCUCUAUGUGCAAUUCUCUGUGUUCCAGUCAUUGGACUUACCGUAUUCCAUUUGGUUCUCGUGGCACGUGGACGGACGACGAAUGAACAAGUGACCGGGAAAUUCACGUCUGGUUAUAAUCCAUUUACGAUUGGAUGUUGGGGAAAUUGUAAGAGGACACUGUGUCAUACGCAGUUGCCAACAUUCAAAUCGCAUGUAAUGGCGUUCCGACGAGAACGGAAGGCCGAACAAGCCCGUCUCGCUAACAGACUACACGGUCCAAUCGAAGAUCGAAACGCUGUAAUCGACGGAGAGAGAGAUGCGACAGCAGUACUGUACGUUCCCGACGGUCGACAAGACGGAAAAAUGAUUGCUGUUGUGGAGAUGGGCGGGACGAAGAGCUCGUUAAUCCGAAAUCAAAAUGCCACAUCACGGUCGGAUAGUCAGAGUAGAAUAGUGGAGAGUAAUAGUCAAUCGGUGUCGAUUGGAACAGUUGACGACGAUUCGAGACUUGGAAAUGGGACGGUCGAGGAGGCCGAUGGGUCGACGUGUAAUUUGUUCGAAGUGGAAGGAGGAGGUACACCCCGACCGAACUCUUCCCUCCGAAGUGCCCGUGUACACGAUGAGACGUCGACACCACGUACAACAACUCAUCAAUCGUAUGAGGAGGCACUCGAAGAGGCUCUUCAUUCAUCUCCAUCCAAAGAGACUGUCGAAUCAUCACCGAAUCGGACGACGACACCUUCCGGUCGGACGUCUUCAAGGUCGACGGCGACGUCGCCAACAUCACCGACGGGUGGACCCGGUGGAACAUCUACCACCGCGACCACCUCAGCGUCAUCAAUGAUCCUCAACGGAUCCACCUCAAAACCACGUGGAUUCACGGAUGCAGUCCGUCUGGCUGAUAUGCUUGCUCGAAAUCAACAGCAACCAGUUUGA